AUGGGUCUCCUGACCUCACUCCCGAAGCUACCCCUCGUUGGGUCCAUUCUCAUCGUCCUCUGCUCCUUCUUCACGCCCACGACGGCCUAUACCGAACUCGGAGACGAUGCUCUACGCGCGAUUCCCUCCGGAGGGGACAGCUUUAACAUCAACACCGGCUCCCUGCUCGCGCCGAUCCUUAUUCCUCGCGUUCCUGGCACCCCUGGCUCGUCCAAAGUGCAGCAACACUUUGUAGACUUUUUCCGUGCCAACCUGCCCGAGUGGACGAUCGAGUGGCACAACUCGACUUCCAAGACGCCCGCGACAGGAGACAAGGAUAUACCGUUCACCAACCUCAUCUUUCGCCGCGAUCCGCCAUGGGCCAAGGAUGGAGAGGUCGAGCGCUUGACGCUCGUUGCUCAUUAUGACAGUCUCGUUCACCCCGAUGGCUUUAUAGGAGCGAUUGAUAGCGCGGCACCAUGCGCGAUGCUUCUCCAUGCUGCGAGGAGCAUCGAGGCUGCUCUGGUGAAGAAGUGGAAGGCCAUGCAGGCGUCGGGUGACGCUGGAAGUGGGCUGGAGGAGGAGAAGGGAAUACAAAUCGUUCUGCUUGACGGAGAGGAGGCAUGGGUUACCUGGACCGACACGGAUUCCCUUUAUGGAGCUAGGGCACUCGCUCAAAGCUGGGAAGAGGAAAUUCACCCCGACUCGAUCUACAAGUCCGGGCUUUCGUCCAUCAGCCUGUUUCUUCUCAUCGAUCUACUCGGUGCUCCUAACCCACAGAUCCCCUCAUAUUUCGCAUCAACACACUGGGCUUACAAGAAAAUGGCCAAGAUUGAACAUCGCAUGCGCAAGCUGGGGGUGCUUGAGUCCAAGCCAAAGCGACCCUUCUUGGUGGAUAGGAACAAGAAGGAAGGCGGUUUGGCGCAAGGCUACAUCAUGGACGACCACGUGCCGUUCAUGGAACGUGGCGUUGAGAUUUUGCACAUCAUUCCGAAUCCGUUCCCUGAGGUCUGGCAUCAGAUAACAGAUGACGGAGAGCACUUGGAUUUGCCAACAGUUCGGGACUGGGCUCGUAUCAUCACGGUAUUUGCGGCAGAAUGGAUGGAGGUGGAUGAAUUUCUGCCAAAAAAGCCGGCAGAGAAGAUGCACGAUCCCAGUGACCCUCGGAUGGAACUUUGA